AUGAUGGGUAAACUGCCACAGGAAGCCCUGAGCCACCCUCCCAACAGCCGGGGAGAAGGAAGCAGGAGGGAAAUACCCGCCCGCAUCCCAAGGCUCAGCCCCUGGAGGGAUUUAGCACCCCGCACCCCGAGCAGCCCCAGCGGUGGUGGCAGUGGCCCGCUCUGUGCCACCAUGGUCACAGCUGGGCUCUUCGUCCUCAGCCUGGCAGGCUCCAUCCUGCUCCCAGCUCUGGCCCCGGCAGGCACCCAGGGGAGCCAGAUCAUCGGGGGAAAGGCGGCAGCACCCCAUUCCCGGCCCUUCAUCGCCUCCAUCCAGAUGGACGGGCAGCACGUCUGCGGGGGCUUCCUGGUGUGGCCCAAGUGGGUGAUGACAGCUGCCCACUGCCUCAUUCCCAGGCGCAGCCCCUCCGUGCGCGUGGUGCUGGGAGCCCACCGGCUGCAGGAGCCCGAGGAGUCCCAGCAGAUCUUCAGCGUGGCCGAGUCCAUCGCCCACCCGCUCUAUAAUCCCCGUGCCGUGGACAACGACAUCCGCCUGCUCCAGCUGAACAGAUCGGCCACGCUGAACCAGUACGUGAAGCGGAUCCGCCUGCCCUCGCCUCACAUCGACCUGAGGCCCGGCACCGUCUGCUACGUGGCGGGCUGGGGGGACACCUCCAACUUCGGAGACCAGCCCACCGAGCUGAUGGAGACCAACACCACCAUCGUCAAGCGGAGCCUCUGCCGGACGCUGUGGAGGGGCAAGGUCUCGGCCAACAUGCUGUGCGGGGCCAGCCGCAACACCACGCUGCAGGGUGUCUGUGCCGGUGACUCCGGGGGACCGCUGGUCUUCAAGAACAAGGUUUAUGGCAUCGUCUCCUUCUCUGGGGAGAGAUGUGGGGAUCGCCGGUACCCCGACAUCUACACCAAGAUCUCCAACUACAUUGGCUGGGUGCACCACACUGUGCGAGGGUUCCGCCGUCGGAAGGGGUGGCCGAAGCCCUAA